UUUGGACGCGACUCUCCCAUCGCAACUUUGUCGCAACCCUCGACAGCAGGACGCUGAAUUGGAAAUCAUACCCAAAACUGUUCUUCAGAACCCGUCACAAUGCAAGACCCAAGUUUCAGGGUUCCAGCGAGCCUGCUACCCCAUAUCCAUUUGCUUUCGGCAUAUAGCUUCCCUAUCUACCAGACGAUCACUCAAGACCAAGUUUUCGAAUACUUGUUGAAGGCCCCUUCAAUCAUCAAUGAUAUCCGACCGGUGGCAUGGACGUUUCUUGCUCCUCCAGGGGACGGAACUAUGUUCCUUGCCUGGCAACCGCAGAUGCGCCUGGGGAGCCGUUUUGCCAGCGAUGGCUACGUGUGGGGCGAUCAAGAACAGACAUAUUCGAUGGAACUACGAGGUUAUACGAUGGAAGUCCUGAUUCACCGCUUUGGGUAUCGUCCGGGUGAGAACGUCGCAUCUCACAGCCGUCAACGCUACCGACUUGUCGGAAAGUCUCCUUCUACGACCGGCCCGGAUCCAGACCCGUCCCUUUGGAUCGUCCAUUAUUCCCAAUCCGACCCUCAGCACCACAUUCCGGUCAUGAACCUUCCCAUGCAACCACACACAAACGCGAUCCUACAGGAACGCCGCAUGGUCGAGCGACAGGGCCAUCUCGUCCGGAAGGAAUUCAUGUUCAAAGAUCGUGCGAACUGGCCCGACGUGAAGUUCGUCCAUGGCCCAGCAAUGGGGCCGGGCAUGGUACCUCCGGGUCCCAUGUAUCCCAAUCAAAUGAUGCAACAGAUGCCCGCAGGUCCAUCAAGAGCAGCUGCACAGUACUACCAGCAAGCACAGGGUCCGAUGGUGGCGGGACCUCCGGCGAAACGAGCAAGGCAACAACCACCAGCACAAUUACCAGGCGGAACCGCCCCGGUGAAUGCAAUGGUUGAACAAGAUCCGGCUUUAUACGACGAACACGUGGCGCACCAAGGCGACCUUCUUGACAACUUGACUCCCAAGGAGAUCAGUGUUUUGCGAUACAAGCAACAUCACGUGUGGAUGGAUGAAAUCCUCAGCUCGACUUUCGCGGCGGAGAAGAUCCAGCCGCUCGACCUUGGUCUUGGUCUCAGCGGACAAUUACGGCAAAUAACCGACGGCCUAAACACCGCUACUCCCGGUCCUCAAACCCUGGAAAAGGAUAAGAGCAGGGUCAAGGACAACCAUCAACUCAAUCUGAGUGCUGACGAUGCCCCUCUUGUACCGAUUCCUGCCUAUAAUAAGAUCACUCGUGAACAACUGGACUCGGUGCAGAAGCGCGUCGAUAAGUUCGUCGAGCAGGGUGAGCGGGAAAUGGAAGAGUUGCGCAAGAAGCAUGCGAGGAGAGUGGCGGACAUGAAGAGGGCGCACAAGUUCGCGGAUGCUGAAGCUCAACUGAAGCAGAUGUUCGACGAUGCUAUGUAUGACGAGGAGGAGGCGGGGGCGGUCGGAGCCAGUCCAGCCAGCGGAUUCGGUGUAAUGGCUCUAAACAAAGUCGAUGAUGUGGUUCGCGCAGUGGAGGAGUCACUAGACGUGGCUAUUGAGGAGAAGCGUGCUGUCAAAUGCUUGCAAAAAGGCGGGCUCUUGGAAGAAGAGCAAAUGCGGUAUGAGUCUAAAUCCGAGCUCAACGGCAGUAAGGGAACAUCUGAACUGCAAGCCAUCGGUGAGACUGGUCUCGACGGAGCCGAUUCGCGUGCAAUUGAUGAGACAAUGGGCGACGCACUUGGCGAUUCCAUGGUGGAUGAUGCAAUCGGCCAUGGGACCAUGGACGGCGGCGACCUCACGUCUGGUUUGCUAGACGAAUUCAUGACAUCUACACCGGAUGCGAGUGGCAACCAGGAGAACGGAUCCUAUCAAACUGCUGAGGUGGCAGCGCAACCAGAUGCUGCCGAUACCCCGAACGCUAGUACGGCGCCGGCGCAUCUACCUGCCCCAGCACAGCAAGAAGCAAGUGCGGCGCCCACUCCAACCGAGCCGCAACAGAAGGCCGAACCGUCAGCUUCCGGUGACGAAAGCACCCCGCUCCAAGGUGAGCAAGACGGCAUGCAUCUCCUCAACGACAUGGAUCUCGACGUCGACAUGACCGGCCUAGAGGGCGAAGGGGCUUCCGCUCUUGCUGCUACGGCUGCCGAGUCUAGUGAAAAGAAAGACGAUGACUGGGUUCUUGUGCAAGAGCCCUCCCCAGCAGCUGCCCAACAAGUCGCUGAUACUAAAGAUACGAAUACUUCCGUCCCUGCUACUACCAACGCUUCUGCUCCGGCGACUACAGCAUCGGAACUGAGUGCCCACACCUCCGCCCCAGCCCAAGUUGACACCCCAACAGCUGCCGGACUCACGUCCACGACACAAGUCGAGACGCAGGAAAACAACACGCCGGCGAUGUUCGACAACCACGGCUCGAAUGAUGAUUUUGAGACGUUCGACGGACUGAACACGGCGGGCGACGCCCUGGCGGAUUUUACGGAUCUGGAUGGAGGAGUCUUCGGUGACAACAUGGGGACGCCUGGGCAGUGAGCCGGGCUAUUUCGAGCCAUUUGGUUCGCUCGGGUUUCGGCGCUUCGGGGGAUCAAGAGAUCUAAUCUAGGAAAGGAAAAGGUCCUGCGGUGUUCGAUGUUGUAUGCACGCAAUAAAUGCAUAUACAUGGCACAGUCUUUGCACGUUCAAGCGUGUGUGCGUCCGCGGAGUCUGCAGACGGAAUCGGGAGUUGCCAGGAAAUCAUUUGGGAUGUCAUGGUAGCACGACAGGACGGAAUUGCGAAUGCAACAUGUCUCUUCUCUGUGGUGUACUGUCUUCCUUUUCAAUGGGAGCGGCGCCCUCUUCCCGCGGAUGGCGUUCGAAGGAAAGCCCCGAUCCAAACUUGACUUACCUAUGGCGUUUAAGGUAUGAUGGCCAUCGGGAAGAUAGGGGACGAUGAAUUAGAAAUGGCGACAAGAUACAUAAUUACUCAAUUAGGCUUGUCUUGUCAUACCAUGUUCUCCUGCGCUUGUCUCCCACGCGAUGCCAGUG